AAGUUUUAAAUUGUGAAAUAAUUUAAUUAUAAUUUAAAAUUUUAAAAACAAAUACAAUUUUUUUUAAAAAAAUUUCAUGACUAAAUUUAUAUUUUAGAAAAUAAGCACAUGAUAAAAUGGCGAAAGUCACAUGCUUCCCAUAGAUCAAUAAUUGGAGGCAUCUUUAAAACGGCUUGUUUUGAAAAUUGCAUUCAUCCCGACCCAAGUGAGACCCACACCUGUUCUCUUAUGUCAAUUUGACCCAGUCCAUCGAGAACCUAAAACGCCGUCGUUUUUCUGCAGCGAAAAAGAGAGAAAAUUCCUGGUGUGGUAACCGUUAACGCAUACUCUCUUUUUUCUUUCAAUCCCACGCGCCCAUGUCUUCCAACCGUUUAAAUCCCAUUUUCCCACCAACCUCACUUUCCCAUUCUUUCUCAUGAAUUUAACUUCAAGAACUCUUCUUGUUAGUCUUUUUCAUCGUUAACUCUCGAAAAGCCUCUAUCAGAAACAAACCCAUUUGUUAUCCAUCAAGAUUCAAUGACUAUGCCUCCAAGCAAGCUUCUUGUUUUCAUCUUCCUCUUCCUUCUCUUCAAUUUCAGAUACCCUUUUCUUGUCUUCGCCAGUAAUGUCAGUUUCGAUUUCUCUUCUUUAACUCUCCGGAAUCUCACUCUGCUUGGCGAUUCCUAUCUAAGGAAUGGUGUCGUUGGCCUCACACGCGAUGUCACAGUCCCUUCUACAAGUUCAGGCACUGUAAUCUACAAUGUUCCAGUUUCCUUCUUCGACCCAGAAUCUAAUACCACAGCUUCUUUUUCAACAAGGUUCACUUUUUCCAUUAAUAAUGUUAAUCCAAGCUCUUUUGGGGAUGGUUUCACCUUUUUUAUUUCACAAGAUAAUCAACCUCUUGGUAGCCCAGGCGCGUUCUUAGGUCUUGUUAAUUCGUCGCAGUUGACCAAGAACAAAUUUGUGGCUAUUGAGUUUGAUACAAGCCUUGAUAUCCGUUUCAAUGACCCAGAUGAGAACCAUGUUGGUUUAGAUAUUGAUAGUCUUGAUUCAAUUAAGACUGCGAAUCCAAGCUUGCAAGAUAUUGAUUUAAAGAGUGGGAAUUCAAUUACUGCUUGGAUCGAUUACAAGAAUGGUUUGAGGGUCUUGAAGGUUUUCUUGAGUUAUUCAAGUUUGAAGCCUGCUACGCCAAUAUUGACUGUAGAUCUAGAUCUCUACGGGCAUCUUAAAGAAGCUAUGUAUGUGGGAUUCUCCGGUUCUACGGAAGGGAGCACUGAGCUCCACUUGAUUGAGAGUUGGAGCUUUGAAACCUCCGGGUUCCUUCCUGUGAGGCCAAAAUCACAUUCUCACAAUGUGUCUGACACCUCCGUCACUGUAACAACACCCAUUUCUAGGUCUGCAGAGAAGCAUCAUAAAGGGCUCGGCUUGGGUCUUGGGAUUGCCGGUCCGGCAUUCUUUUGUGUGUUUCUGGCGGUUUUUGGGUAUGUAACUAUCAAGAAGUGGCAGGAAAUCAAAAUAGUGAACAACUUAAAAGCAGAGCUAGUGGCGGGGCCAAGGGAAUACAGUUACAAAGAGCUGAGUUCGGCAACGAAAGGGUUUCAUUCAAGCAGAAUGAUAGGCAGAGGCUCAUUUGGGAACGUGUAUAAAGCUUAUUUUAUGUCUUCAGGCAACAUUGCAGCAGUUAAAAGAUCGAAGCAUUCCCAUGAAGGUAAAGCUGACUUCAUUGCUGAAUUGUCUAUAAUUGCUUGUUUGAGGCACAAGAAUUUGGUCCAAUUACAGGGUUGGUGUGUUGAGAAGGAUGAAUUGUUGCUUGUUUACGAGUUUAUGCCUUACGGAAGUCUUGAUAAGAUACUAUACCAAGAAUCUGAGAAUGGUCCAUUUUUAACUUGGUCCCAUAGGCAAAAUAUUGCCAUUGGUUUGGCCUCUGCAUUAACAUACUUGCAUCAAGAAUGUGAGCAGCAAGUCAUUCACAGAGACAUAAAGACGAGUAAUGUAAUGCUGGAUGGGAAUUUCAAUGCGAGGCUGGGUGAUUUUGGAUUGGCAAGGCUGAUGGAUCAUGAUAAGAGUCCUGUUUCUACCCUUACUGCUGGAACAAUGGGGUAUUUAGCUCCUGAGUAUCUUCAUUAUGGAAAAGCAACGGAGAAAACCGAUGUUUUUAGUUAUGGUGUGGUGAUGCUUGAAGUGGCUUGUGGGAGAAGGCCAAUUGAGAGAGAACAAGAAAGCCAGAAAAUGUUGAAUUUGGUUGAUUGGGUGUGGGAAUUGUAUGGUCAGGGAAAGAUCAUUGAAGCGGCUGAUAAAAGGCUGAAUGGGGGGGAGUUCAAGGAGGAAGAAAUGAGGAGACUUUUGCUUGUGGGAUUGAGCUGCGCUAACCCAGAUAGUGCAGAGAGACCUACAAUGAGAAGAGUCCUCCAAAUACUUAAUGGUGAGGCUGAGACUAUGACUGUGCCAAAGGUGAAACCAACUCUCACCUUCUCUUCAGGCUUGUCUUUGACUCUUGAGGACAUAGUUUCUGAUUGUGAAUGAUGCAAGAUUCCCCACUAUAUAGCUAGCUGUCUGAAGUAGCUUAGCCUUUAAAGUUUUUCUUGGGUAUCGCUUACUGAUUGCUUGAUUCUUUCACUUUUUUGUAAUUGUGAUUGUAGUGCAGUUAUUUGUAAAGGACGAUUAAUUGGCCUUAGUUCAAUACCCUUCUAUUGAACUAGCUGCAGAUAGAUCAGUUUCUUAACAAAUGUCAAUUUGCAUUUAAUCUUUACAAAUACUCGAUUAACAAGUGUUUUCCUCUGUUGCAUCUUCUUGUAGCCUAUAAUUUACUUGCAGACUCAGAAAUAUUAGAGCAUACAUUUACUGGUGAUUUGAUGCGUGAACUACUUGAGAAUAAGUAAUGGUGGUUGUGACUUGAGAUAUUUGUUAGCUAUAUAGGAAGGAAAGGGAAGUCCAUGAAUGGGAUCAGUGAUGCAGACUAAGGUUGCCUUCUUCCUUCCCUCUUUUGGCAUUAGUGAUAAUUUUGUUAAUGUGGCUGUUGAGAAAAUUGAUAUGAAUUGCCUUGUUCUCCUUCUGGCAUCAAUUGAUCAUAAAUUGAUUUUUGGAAUUUGUUGAGGUCUCAUAUUUGCUUCCUGGAUGAGGAAAGAGAGUGAAGCGAGCAUGCAACCUCAUUUGAGAGUUUUUUUUUUUUU